UAAAAUAGCACAGAUAAUGAGUAAGUUAAUAUAAAGCUAAGUGUAGGUAUUGAUUGCAACUUAUUUUUACAAUUCUGUGUCCAAAAUGUCUUCUGAUACAGUGACGCAAAUCAUUGGGCCUGGAUACUUGGCUACACUUCAAGGAUUGUGUAAAGUAGCUGAAACUAUAGCGAGUUUGAUAGGAGUUCUACUAGUAGGUGUUGAUUACACAGGAUGGGUUGUCACCACAUUUGAAGUGGCAGCUGCCUUUUCCAUAAUAAUUGCAGUAAUUUUAUUAUUGUUAUAUGUUACUGGAGUAGUGGAAAAAAUAAGGUUUCAAUGGAACAAAUUCCAGUUUGGGGCUCAUGCCAUUUUAUCACUUUAUUACAUAGUGGCUGUAGGACUAGUUUUGGAUCAUGGUCAAGGGAUCUCCAAAGUAAUUGCCGGAGGGGUUUUCGGACUCUUCGCUGUAAUUGCACAUCUGCUUGAUGCAUUCGAUAAUUAUAGGAAACAGCCAAUCUUCUAAUAAAAAACUGCUAACAUAAAAUUAUAAGUAUUUCGUUUUAAGAAUUUUAAAUUAUUAUUUAUUUAUAAUAAAUAUUUUCACAACAUAA